CCCGCUCAGUGUGUGAACAAGCUCUGCCUCUGAAGGAUCUCUCCCCAAGCCAUAUCACUCUCCAGCCACAGCUGGAAACAUAUUGCUGUGGGAGCCAAAAAGACAGUUCCUGAAACGCUGAAAAUGGAAUAACUGAGCAGGAACCGGAGACUACUUUCUCUUAAAACAAUUUUUUUUUUUUUAUAAAACGUCGUUCAGGGAUAAACUUUCUUGGAUCCUGCUGGAUUGUCUUUUCUAGGAUUUGGAUACUGCUUCUCUCCCUCUCUCUUUCUCCCUCUCUGGAAUAAGAGCCUCACAUUAAAAAGGAAUUGGAGGAUUUAUUUAUAAGUGGACCUAAUUGAUAUGCAUUGGUGUUAGUCUUUGAUCCUGUCGGAGUGGGACGCAUCGAGCAAGGGACUGAGGAGGGAGCAGUGCCAACUUGGAACAUGGUGCCUAAUAUUCACCUGGCAGUGCCCCUCCUGCCCAGAGGGGUGUUGCUGUUCCUGCUACUCUUCAGCUGCAUGGUGUUCUCCUCUGUGGCAGAGAGCAUGCCGAGUUUCGUGAAAUCCCCAGAGGACCAGACGGGUAUCUCGGGCGGAGUUGCAUCGUUUGUGUGCCAGGCCACUGGGGACCCCAAACCCAGAAUCACCUGGAUGAAGAAAGGCAAGAAAGUCAGCUCCCAGCGCUUUGAGGUGAUUGAGUUUGAUGACGGUUCAGGCUCCGUGCUCCGGAUCCAGCCGCUGCGCACACAUCGAGAUGAAGCCAUUUACGAGUGCACAUCCACCAACAGCGCUGGCGAGAUCAACACCAGUGCGAAGCUCACAGUGCUUGAAGAGAACCAGGUCCCCCAUGGCUUCCCCAACAUAGACAUGGGUCCCCAGCUGAAGGUGGUUGAAAAGACCAGAACUGCCACCAUGCUGUGCGCCGCCAGUGGAAACCCAGACCCGGAGAUCACCUGGUUCAAGGACAUGCUUCCUGUGGACAUCAGCAGCAGCAACGGGCGAAUCAAACAGCUCCGCUCAGGAGCUCUGCAAAUUGAGAACAGCGAGGAGUCCGACCAGGGGAAAUAUGAAUGUGUUGCCAUGAACAGUGCUGGGACUCGUUACUCUGCUCCUGCCAAUCUCUACGUACGAGUGCGAAGAGUCCCACCGAGAUUCUCCAUCCCGCCCACCAACCAAGAGGUGAUGCCAGGCGGCAGCAUCAACCUGACGUGCGUGGCCGUGGGCUCUCCGAUGCCCUACGUGAAGUGGACGACGGGCCAGGUGGAGCUGACCAAGGAGGAGGAGAUGCCGCUGGGACGCAACGUGCUGGAGGUCACAAACAUCCGCGUGUCGGCCAACUACACGUGUGUGGCCAUUUCUUCUCUGGGCAUCAUCGAGGCCACCGCCCAGGUCACUGUCAAAGCCCUGCCAAAGCCCCCAGCCUCCCUCAUUGUGACAGAGACCACAGCCACCAGUGUGACACUCACCUGGGACUCCGGAAACCCAGAACCAGUGUCCUACUACAUGAUCCAAUACAAAGCCAAGUCCUCAGACAAUGGCUUCCAGGAAGUGGAAGGUGUGGCGACCACCCGUUACAGCAUCGGCGGACUCAGCCCCUACUCCGAGUAUGAGUUCCGGGUCAUGGCUGUCAACAACAUAGGCCGCGGGCCGCCCAGCGACCCAGUCGAGACCCGCACCGGUGAACAGGCCCCCUCCUCACCUCCGCUGCACGUCCAGGCGCGCAUGCUAAGUGCCAGCACAAUGCUGGUCCAGUGGGAACCGCCCGAGGAACCCAAUGGGCAGAUCAGGGGCUAUCGAGUGUACUACAGCUCGGACCUGACGGCCCCGCUCAGCGCCUGGCAGAAGCACAACACAGAUGACAGCAGUCUGACCACCAUCUCCGGCCUGACUCCGGAUAUCACGUACAGCCUGCGGGUGCUGGGCUUCACCUCUGUCGGGGACGGACCCCCCUCUGACGUCCUGCAAGUGAAAACGCAGCAGGGAGUCCCUGCGCAGCCGUCCAGCUUCGAGGCCGAAGCCGAGCUGGACACCCGCAUCAUGCUAACAUGGCUGUGGCCAGUGCAGGGCCCCAUCACAAAGUAUGAGCUGCAGUACUGGGAGGCUGGCUCAGACGACAAGAUACACGUGACCUUCAACCCGGCGGGCUCUCACGCCGUGGACGCUCUGAAGCCUGACACCUUGUACCGCUUCUCGCUGGCCGCCCGUUCUGAGAUGGGUUUAGGCGUUUACACACAGCCCGUGGAGGCCCGCACCGCCCAGUCCACCCCGUCCGCUCCCCCUCAAGAGGUACACCUGGUCAGCCUGAGCUCCACCAGUCUCAAGGUGAGUUGGGUGGCACCACCUGCCGCUAGCCGCCACGGCGCCAUUGUGCGCUACACAGUCAGCUACCAGGGCCUGGCUGGAGAGGACACAGAGCGGCACGACGUGACUGGCAUCGGUGCAGACGCCACCAGCUAUGUGAUGGUGGGCCUGGAGAAGUGGACUGAGUAUCAGGUGUGGGUGAGGGCACACACUGAUGUGGGCCCGGGCCCUGAAAGUGCCCCAGUGAAGAUGAAAACCAAAGAGGAUGUGCCAGGAGCACCCCCCAGGAAGCUGGAGGUCGAGGCCAUAAACUCCACAGCCAUCCGGGUCACCUGGAAGCCGCCGCUGCCGGGGAAGCAACACGGCCAAAUCCGAGGAUACCAGGUCAUCUUCUCCCGGCUGGAAAACAGCGAACCUCGAGGCCAGCCUAACAUCAUGGACGUUGCUCUGCCAGAGGCACAGUGGAAUAUUGAGGAGUCCACCGAGCAUGAGGCCAUCAUUGCCGGGCUGCAUUCUGAGACCACGUACUCUGUCACUGUGGCAGCGUACACCACCAAGGGGGAUGGAGCCCGUAGCAAAUCUAAGGUCAUCACCACGACGGGGGCAGUGCCAGGCAGGCCGACCAUGAUGAUCAGCACCACCAUGGAAAACACCGCCCUGAUCCAGUGGCAGCCUCCCAAGGAGAUGGUGGGCGAGCUGAUGGGCUACCAGCUGCAGUACAAGCGCACCGACGAGGAAACCUUUACCUCCCGCGAACUGAGGAAGAUCGACGACCACUACACUGUCACCAGUCUGCACAAAGGCGCGACCUAUAUCUUCCGCCUCAGUGCUCGCAAUCGCGCAGGCAUCGGCGAGGCCUACGUGAAGGAGAUCAGUACCCCAGAGGACGUGCCCGCGGGCUUCCCCUUCAACCUGCAAGUAACAGGCCUGACUCAGGCCAGCACCCAGCUGACCUGGGAGCCGCCGCUGGUGGCCGAGAGGAACGGCAAAAUCGUGCACUACGUGGUGGUGUACAGGGACAUUAACAGUCAGCAGAACAGCACCAACCGCACCUCGGACACGCACAUGACCAUCCUGGGCCUGAAUCCUGACACCACCUAUGACAUCCGGGUGCAGGCGUACACCAGCAAGGGCGGGGGACCCCUCAGCCCGAGCAUUCAGAGCAGGACCAUGUCCAACGAUUUUCCAACACUAAACUUCGGCGUCAAGGCUGUGAUGAAAACAUCCGUCCUUCUCAGCUGGGACCUGCCACCGAACUACAAACCCCAAGUGCCUUUCAAGAUCUUAUAUAACCAGCAAAGCGUGGAAGUGCAGGGAAACCUGAAGAGGAAGCUGAUAGCGCAGCUGCAGCCGGACACAGACUACUCCUUUGUGCUGACGAGCAGGGGCAACAUGGCCGGUGGUCUGCAGCAGCAGGUGUCCAUACGCACUGCUCCUGACCUGAUCAAGACCAAGCCCAGCACACAUCAGGCUGAGGGCGGCAAGAUGACCAUCGAGCUGCCCAAAGUCCAGACCACCACACGCGUCAGGUGGUACUACAUUGUGGUGGUGCCAGUAUCCCAGUCACAGCGGCAGUGGAAGAAUCCAGACGAGAUGGACCUGGAUGAGCUGCUCAAGGCGAGCGAAGGUCCCGUCCUGAGGCGUCGGCGCCACCUGGAUUCCUCCAAACCUUACAUUGCAGCUAAACUGGCCGCGCUGCCCCUCAGCUUCACCCUGGGGGAUGAGAAGAGGUACAACGGUUUCUACAACAAGCCCCUGACCAGUCCACAGGAGUACCUCUGCUUCGUCCUGGCCAUGCUGCGAUCCGACGGGACGGAUGCUGCAAAUUAUAUGACGUUUUCAGCCAGUCCCUACUCAGACCCGAUCCAAGUCCCAGCCAGUCUGAGCGAGCAGCCUGAGAUGUUGUGGGUCAUGGGCCCAGUGUUGGCCGUGGUCCUCAUCGUCAUCAUCGUCAUCGCCAUCCUGCUCUUUAAGAAGAAACGGGCGUCACCUCUACCCAAAGACGACCACUCAGGUGGGGUGAAGGACUCCCUGCUGCCCAACUCCUCCGACCCCGUGGAGAUGAGAAGACUCAACUACCAGACCCCAGGUCCCAGCUCGCAUCGUUGCCCCAACACUCCAAGAAUGAGGGAGCACCCGCCCAUCACUGUCGUUGACCUGUCCGACCACAUCGAGCGACUCAAGGCGAACGAUGGCCUCCGUUUUUCCCAGGAGUAUGAGUCCAUUGAUCCCGGCCAGCAGUUUACCUGGGAGAACUCUAACAUGGAAGUCAACAAGCCAAAGAAUCGCUACGCAAACGUCAUCGCCUAUGACCACUCCAGAGUGGUGCUCACCUCCGUUGACGCUGUUCCAGGCAGUGACUACAUCAACUCCAACUACAUCGACGGCUACAGGAAGCAGAACGCCUACAUCGCCACACAGGGGCCUCUGCCAGAGACACUCAGCGACUUCUGGAGGAUGGUGUGGGAGCAGAGAUCCAACACCAUAGUCAUGAUGACGAGACUCGAGGAGAAGUCACGGGUGAAGUGUGACCAGUACUGGCCAGUGCGAGGAACCGAGACCUAUGGGAUGAUCCAGGUCACCAUGCUGGACACCGUGGAGCUGGCGACUUACAGCGUUCGUACAUUCGCCCUCUACAAGAACGGCUCCAGUGAGAAGAGAGAGGUGAGACAGUUCCAGUUCAUGGCCUGGCCAGACCACGGAGUGCCAGAGUACCCGACACCCAUCCUGUCCUUCCUGCGGCGGGUUAAGUCCUGCAAUCCUUCAGAUGCAGGGCCCAUGGUGGUCCACUGCAGUGCGGGCGUGGGCAGGACAGGCUGCUUCAUCGUGAUCGACGCCAUGCUGGAGCGCAUGAAGCACGAGAAGUCCGUAGACAUCUACGGCCACGUGACGUGCAUGCGCGCCCAGAGGAACUACAUGGUCCAGACCGAGGACCAGUACAUCUUCAUCCACGAGGCCCUGCUGGAGGCGGCCACCUGCGGCAACACCGAGGUGCUGGCCCGCAACCUGUACGCACACAUCCAGAAACUCACCCAGCCCCCGGCCGGCGAGACGGUCACUGCCAUGGAGCUGGAGUUCAAGAGACUGGCCAACUCCAAAGCCCACACGUCACGCUUCAUCAGCGCCAACUUACCCUGCAACAAGUUCAAGAACCGCCUGGUCAACAUUAUGCCUUUUGAGUCCACCCGCGUCUGCCUGCAGCCCAUCCGGGGCGUCGAGGGCUCCGACUACAUCAACGCCAGCUGCAUCGAUGGCUACAGACAGCAGAAGGCUUACCUGGCCACCCAGGGCCCGCUGGCCGAGACCACCGAGGACUUCUGGAGGAUGCUGUGGGAGCACAACUCCACCAUCGUCGUCAUGCUCACCAAACUACGAGAGAUGGGGCGGGAGAAAUGUCAUCAGUACUGGCCGGCAGAGCGUUCAGCCAGGUACCAGUACUUUGUGGUGGAUCCAAUGGCAGAGUACAACAUGCCCCAGUACAUCCUCCGAGAGUUUAAAGUCACAGAUGCCAGGGACGGCCAGUCCAGAACAAUCCGCCAGUUCCAGUUCACUGACUGGCCCGAGCAAGGAGUGCCAAAAACUGGAGAGGGCUUCAUUGAUUUCAUCGGACAAGUCCACAAAACCAAGGAGCAGUUUGGACAAGACGGACCAAUCACUGUACACUGCAGUGCCGGGGUGGGCAGGACCGGAGUCUUCAUCACCCUCAGCAUCGUGCUGGAGAGGAUGAGGUACGAGGGCGUGGUCGACCUCUUCCAGACGGUGAAGACACUUCGCACCCAGCGGCCUGCCAUGGUGCAGACCGAGGACCAGUACCAGUUGUGCUACAGGGCAGCGUUGGAGUACCUGGGGAGCUUUGACCACUAUGCAACGUAACCACUCCCUCCGAGCAGCCUCCCUGGUCAGACCUCUCAGGAGUGUGCCAAGUGUCCCAUCUCAGCCACCAUCCACUCACUUGACCCCCCCCCCCACCCCAACCAACCCCCAACCUCCAUGCCCCAACCUUUGCGAAGAAAAAAAAAACAGCCCCCCCCCCCGCAGCUACCGGAGGGGAGGAGAAUGGCACGUGCUUGCAGACCCAGUGACGGGUUUCAACCAAUCACAGAGAUUCGCGUCCACGACUUGUAACCAACCACGUGAACUUCUUUUGCUUUAAGAAUAACGGAACCAUCACCAAGACUCUGACUCUUGUACAGACGCGACGGAGCCGGGCCGACGCCCCCCGCCGCCGGGCCACGCCCCCAGCGCUCGGCUCCGUCCGAGCCAAACCUCCCUGAUUGUCAAAGGCUACUGGUAGCACUAAGAGAGCUCUCUCUCACUUUUUUCUUUCUGUUAGUCGACUUGUCAAUAUUAUUGAUUCAUUAUGUCAUUAUCUUAUUGUUUGGUAUACUUCUUCUUUUCUUUUAUUUUGUGGAUGUUUUUAAUAAUCAUUUUAACAUCAGACAUUUUUUCUCCUGUCUUAAAAAACGGCCCCAGCCUCGGGCGUGCAUUAUUUUCAUAAUCGGUACUUUUUUUAUUUUAUCUUAGGGUACUUUAGCACAAGGGACAUGUAUUUUUAACACGUUCCUAGAUACUAAUACAAGAGGACCACUGUUCUCUGAGCUGCUGUCGGAUUUAUUUUAUCAUAUCAUCGUUUUAUUCAUAUCUUGUGUCAUAAACGUUGUGUUUCAUGGUCUUAUUCAGUUCAACACGUCACGAACAAUUUGCCUUUUCACUUGCCAUUUCCGAUUUAACAAAAAAAAAGUUAUAAUCAGAGAAAAUUGACUUACGAGCACAAACUUGAUUAAGGUGUCCUUCUGCAAACCUGGUAGCUAGCUAGAAAAAAAACAAGUGAAUUGGCCAACGAGAGACGAAAUAAGAGGUGUACAGAAAUGGAAAGCACAUGAUUUCUACGUUUUUCCUUUUGGUUGUUGUUGUUGUUGUUUGUUUUUCAUCAGAAGCCAAUGGCAUUGAGGCCUUCAUGCUCCGCGGCGGAGAACUUACCUGAGGAAAACAGACUUUUAUACCCAAGGGGUAGUCGACAGAGAAAGAAAACUCCCUGAUCUCUGAACAUUAACGCUCUUCAAGUCCCUCCCUGGCUCCUCGCUGCCCGUUAGCCUGGACAGUUCGCUGGAGUCGAACCAACACACGCUCACACACUGACAAACACACACACACACACACACAGACACACACUGAACGGAGCGGGAGCGGUUCGUAUGGGCUGAGACGUGGAGCCACCGACGCUGGCACCUGUACAGAAUCAACCAUUCCUACCCGAGGGAAAGGGACUCAGCCCUUUGGACUGAAUACCUGAUAUUAUUUUAUACAGAAAUAGAACUAUAAAUAUAUAUAUAUAUAUAAUUGAUGAUUGAUUAUAUAUAUGUACAAUUACACAAAGAUAUAUACACAGCUUCAAAAGUAUAUUGUUAAAAAGGAUUAAUUCUGCUGAUCUACCGACACUAGAGACACUGCAGAGAGCCUGCUGUCCUAGAGUGUGUAUUAAUGGAAACACCAUUGUAUCUACUGUAAAACCAUAGUAACUUUGACAGCUGGUCGUCCAUCUGAAUGAGCAACAGCAGCACAACCCCCCCCCCCACACACACACACACCACCACCCUCCACCCAUCCAAGAGACGGACGACUCCUCACUCAGCACAGGCCACCGCACCACUCAAGCACAUGUCCUCUGCCGCAGGAGGAGGAAGAGGAGGAGGAGGAGGGAGCGUCCGAUCCAAGAGGCCUGUAUGUCGCGGUGGUGCUUGUGGCGGCCAGUGGGGGAGGCGGCGAUGGGAGGAAGAAGGGGGGGGGACUUGAAAAACGCUGGCGAAAAAACACAAAAUGUUCAUUUUUACCUUGUGAAUGCUUAGUGCUGUAGGGGUUCGAUCUGUUGUACACACAGUCUGUUUUCUAUUUGUUGAUAAAGAACUGGAAUUUAAAAAGAAACUGUUGAUGAAAAAGAAAAAACAUUGAUGUUAAUAAAGUUAAAUAAUUCGGUUUUUGUACAAAUCCCCGGCUUCUGAGGUUUUUGUUUUCUUCAAGGUGUUGUUGUUUUGUUUUUUUUGUGCCUCUGCUAAGGACGUUUUGUUUUCACCCGUCUGUUUGUGGGUUUGUUUGUGAACAACUCUCCAGGGCACUUAGUGGAAGGAUGUGGUCUGAGUCCGGGAAGGACCCAUAAAACAUGUUGGUGCUGAUCCAGGAAUUUCUUUUCUCUUUCUUCGACGAUCGUUUAUUGACGUUCUCAAUGAUUUCUAAAGGGAUAAUUCAUGGAUCCUGAUGAGACAAUUAAGGAAAAUUAAGGGAACUGAAGUUUAUAAAUGUGUGAACUUUGGUGCAGAGGUGGAUUCUCUUCUGACUGACUUCUAACUUGUUCUCUUUCCGUGAGUCUCACUUCAUCUCCUUGAAUGUCGCCUGUUAUUCUGCCUGAAUAUAUCAUCUGAUGUAUGAACACUGUGAUUUGACUUCAAUAUAAUGUGUCAUUUGUUUCAA